AUGGAAACCACAAUCGGAUCCGAUCAACCAUACGUAACUCUAAAUAACGGUAUUAAAAUGCCUUAAAUUGGUCUUGGAACUUUUGCUUCAAGUGAGGGAGAUACUACAUAGCUUGUCAUCUCUGCAAUUAUGGAUCAUGGCUACAGACAUAUUGAUACUGCAAAAAUUUACGAGAAUGAAAAAGAGAUCGGUGAUGCUCUUCAAGAAUGCUUCAAAAGAGGAAUUAAGAGAGAAGAUCUCUUUAUUGUAUCAAAAUUGUGGCAUGAUUCAGAUAAGGGAGAUGUCGAGGGUGCUCUAAGAAAGCAACUUGCUUCACUUUAACUUGAAUACCUUGAUCUGUAUCUUAUUCAUUGGAUGAUCCCUAGCCUUGAUUGGUCCUUAGAAGAACCCAUUGGAAAGUUUCCUUUGCACAAGGUUUGGGCUUAAUUAGAACACUGUGUUGAAAUAGGACUUGUUAAGAGUUUAGGAGUGAGCAAUUGCACAACACCUGUCUUGAUUGAUAUCCUAGCAUUCUGCAAGAUUAAGCCAGUCACCAACCAAAUUGAACUCCAUCCAUAUCUCACUUAGAAGGGAUUCGUUAAUUUCCAAAAGGAAAAGCUAGGAAUCUACAGCACAGCUUAUGCACCUCUCGGAGCUUUCAGCUGGCCUCACAAGAGAGAGGAGCAUAAAUCCCUCAAUUUAUUGAAUGAACAAGUGAUCUAAGAUUUGGCUGCUAAGUACAAUAAACCCAUCGGUCAAAUCAUCUUGAACUGGCACCUUCAAAGAGGGCAUAUCAUCAUUCCAAAGACUGCAAAGAUCGAAAGAUUAAGAGAAAAUUUCUUAUGCUACGACUUCACCAUGACUGAAGAGGAUCACGCAUCAAUUGAUGCACUCAAUCAAAAUGCUAGAUUUUAUGAUCCAGUUAUCCAAUCUGCUUUCGGAUGGAAUAAUUUGCCAUACUUCGAUUAGUGA